AUGAGCUUGACUAGAAACUCCAUGCUCCUUACCAGGCGGCGGAUUCACGCCCCUGGAGUCUGGUCACGCAGUCCUGUGCGUCAAGUCACCCGGGGAUUUGCGGACCAGGAGAAGCGGUAUGAUGGAGAUCUAUACUCAAUCAAGGGCCGGUUCGAUCUUUCGGGGAAGAACGUACUCGUGACAGGUGGUGCUCGAGGCAUUGGGUAUUCUGCCGUCCGCGCGAUUGCAGAAAUGGGAGGCAAUGUCUGUGUGUGGGACAGGGCGCCCAAACCAGUAGCAGAUUUUCAGUCGUUGGCGGAGGAAUUCAAGGUGAAGACCAGCUAUAUUCAGACCGAUGUGACCGACCCGCGGGAGAUGGAGGACGCAUUCAAACAGACUAUGACUCAUUUCGACCGACUCGAUGGCUGUGUAACGGCUGCCGGCCUAGUGAUCGAGGGUCCGUUUGUUGACUGUGAGUGGCAGCCAGUAAAGCGUCUCAUGGACGUAAAUAUUCUGGGCACCUUUUUCACCGCCCAACUUGCGGCACGACAAAUGCAACGACAGGGUGAUGGAGGUAGCAUUGUCCUAAUCGCUUCAGUCUCGGCGACUACGAAGACUCCCGGCCAUAAGCUGUCCCCGUACAAUGCGUCUAAAGCCGCCGUACGCAUGCUCAGUCAGGCUAUCAGUUUAGAACUGGGUCCAGAUAAGAUCCGCGUCAAUUGCGUGUCACCAGGAUACACCGACACGGAACUUUUGACUCCCUUCAAAAAGGAGCAGCCCCAGAGAGUGGAGCUGAUGGAGCGGGCGCCUCCAUUGCGACGAAUUGGCAAUCGCAACGACCUCACCCCUGCCAUUGUGUAUCUGCUAAGUGAGGCAUCCUCCUACACUACGGGAACGGACAUUCAGGUCUCUGGGGGUUUGCAUGUCGGUCGGGUCGAUGUGGAGUGA